UCAAAACCAAUCAGAACUUAGGUCAUAUCGAGCACUGCCUUGAACAUCAAUCGUCAUAUGACCCAUUCUAUCGAGUCUGCAAAGCUUGGGCCAUAUUUGUCUGUGCAAAAGUAGUUCCGUGGAGUGAGUGUGUGCAGAUAGUCAUCACUGUUUUUGGGACCUGUAAAUACUCCCUCAAUAAACCUACAAAAUGGCCGAAAACCCAAUCUACGGACCCUUCUUUGGAGUUAUGGGGGCGGCGUCUGCUAUCAUCUUUAGCGCGCUGGGAGCUGCCUAUGGAACUGCUAAGUCAGGCACCGGUAUCGCCGCCAUGUCGGUGAUGCGGCCCGAGCUCAUCAUGAAGUCCAUCAUUCCCGUCGUCAUGGCGGGUAUCAUUGCCAUCUACGGUCUGGUAGUGGCUGUCCUGAUUGCAGGAUCCUUGGACGCCCCGUCCAACAACUACACCCUUUACAAGGGUUUCAUCCACCUUGGCGCUGGUCUCGCCGUAGGUUUCUCCGGUCUAGCGGCCGGCUUCGCCAUUGGUAUCGUGGGUGACGCUGGUGUCCGUGGUACCGCGCAACAGCCCAGGUUAUUCGUCGGAAUGAUCCUUAUCCUCAUUUUCGCUGAAGUAUUGGGUCUAUACGGUCUCAUCGUCGCCAUCUACCUUUACACGAAACAGUAAACCCGUUAAGCACACUCUUACUCCCGUCGCCCGUGCUCCGAGUUUCUAUGCCACAGAAUCUGCUCAGUCACUCAGUCGCGCACAGGGAAGUCGUCGCCGGUAGCGAAACGACCCGCAUAGGGCCUCGGAGCACCUUAAACAUCUUGUAUAGAACUUGUUGGUUACUUGGACGUUAAUCAUUUAUAUGUUUUCGCAUAUCUCCGGCCCGGUGCAGCCUUGAUGCUGCGGCCGCACCGCGCCCAGAGACGCGAAUUGUAUAAAUAAUUUUUCUAUUUCAAUUUUAUAAAUAUAACGAUCACUAUUUUCGAAUCCCAAUCAUGGUUUUACAAUUUAAACGCUACCGCGCGAUGACAGCGUAAUUUAUUUCUAAUUUAUUACCGCAUUUUUAUUUUGAUUUUCGGUGACAGGAGAUAUUUGUUUCACCUAUCAACAUAUCAGAAGUUUCUUUGCGCGUUAACAACACCCCCUCGCGAACGUAUCUUCGUAUCGUACCAUCCGACGAUAUCACUUUUAGAUUAUUUUAGCGUUAAGGCGAAACUAAUGUACAGUUAGAGUAGAAAUUUAAGUCCAAACAAGUUAUCUUAAUAAUUUAUGAAACAUUUAAACCCCCAGGGUACUGUGUACCAAUGUCUAUCGCUGAGAAUGUUAAGGUAAAACCUGGCUUAAGUACCAUGCUAUAUAGCUUUCAGUGUUAUAGUGGAUGUAUGUAUCCUUAUCGUACUGUAAUGGGCCUGUAAAUGUUAUCCUCUUUCGAGUGGCUGUUGAUAAAUUCAAAAGCGAGUCACAAACAUUGUAUUGCCAGGAAUCAGUAAAUAAACAUGGUUUGUACAUUCCAUAUUAUUUUGUUUCUACUUGAUUA